GAACGACAACUCAAUCGAGAUAUGGAACGUAUCCCACACACCGUUCCUGGAACAAAUAAUCCCUGGCAAACCACGAGACUCGAUUGAGUCCCUCCUUUGGAUCGCCCCGCAUCGUCUGCUUUCCACAGGCCUCCGCGGCUUUAUAAUCGAGUACGACCUAAUCACUCUAAAACCCAAAUACUGUCAGUCUGUUACUGGAGGAGCAGCUUGGUGUCUCGACGUCAACCCUCUCCACACCCGGAUUGCCGUUGGUACGGAAGAUGGCUAUGUUAACACCUUCGCAAUAACUCAAGAUAAUCUCGUUUAUGAAAAAAUCUUCGACAAGCAAAAGGGCAGAAUUUUAUGCUUAAAAUGGGACAAUACAGGUGAUAUGAUCUUUACGGGCUCAAAUGACACCGUCCGAGUCUGGAAUGCAAACUCAGGCCAUGCAAUUCAUAAAAUGACGACCGGAAGGAAGCAGAACAGGAAGGAAACCAUUGUUUGGUGCUUAGGAGUAACGAAUGACAACCACGUUAUCUCUGGAGAUUCAAGAGGAGUUUUGUUAGUCUGGGAUCCCUCAAUGGGAACAUUAAUUGAGAGUCACGAGUCUCACACAGCUGAUAUUCUCUCUUUAGCAGUAUCGGAGGACUCCAACGUAAUUUAUAGUGCCGGGAUCGAUCCAGUCAUUAGAAGUUUCUCAAAAGUUCUUUUGAAAUCCUCCGGAAGGUGUCAAUGGGUCAAAGGAAUCGAAAGGAGGCUCCAUAUUCACGAUGUCAGAGCUUUAGUCGAAACCAAUGGAAAAUUGUAUUCUGCUGGUGUUGACGGAUAUUUGGCGCAAUCCAGCUACCCGCCUAAAAAUUUAGUAAAGUAUCCUCCAUUACUCUCAAACCCUUGUGUCACCAUUUGCAGAAAAUCACGAUGCAUCUUACUUCGUUAUUCUAAUUAUCUUGAGUUAUGGAGACUCGGGACAUCUAAUACUAUUGAUUCUCCUGAUAGAAACGGAUAUGUUAAGGAAAAAAACGGCAUGGUUUAUCAAUUAGAGGAAGAUCCGAUUAAACUACUGGAGCUCAGGACCAAGAAAAAUGAAGGAAUUAUUUCGUAUGCAAUCACGAAGGACUCGAAGAUGAUUAUUUACUCAACUGACAAUCACGUUAGAGUAUUUAAUUUUGAUAUCGUUGAAGGGGAUGCAAUGCUGACGAAGAGUGAGAGUGAUUUCAGCGUUGGGAGGAUUCAGAUGAUGAUGUUUAGUCCGAAUAAUAAACUUUUUGUGACUGCUAAUAAUGAGAAUGGGUUUAACCAGGUCAAUGUGUUCAAGGUCGAGCAUAAAAGAUUUGCGCUGAAGUGCUCAUUCAAUAGUGGGAAGCAGAAGUUGAAAAAUAUUGGACUCAUGUGCUUUUCACCGGAUAAUGAGUUCUUGAUCUGUGGAGAUCUGGAGGGCAGGGUGGUAUCAUAUCUGGUGCAGGAGUGUGAUGCAGAAGAGCCUGAAUUCUGGGUACUACCAAGUUAUGAAUGUCCUGCAACGGCCAUGGCUGUGCAACAGGAGAGCAAUAACUUGGUUAUUGUUUAUGCGGAUCAUAAGAUUGUGGAGUACAAUUUAUCCAGACGUCAGUACACAGAAUUCUCGAAUAACUUGCAGACUCGUAUACCAAAUCACUGGCUGACACGAUCUUUCCCUAUUGUCAACAUAACAUUUAAUCCUAAUGACCAAAAUGUCAUUAUUCUACACGAUGAUACUACUGUUUACGUUGUUCAAAAGAAUCGAUUCUCCGACGGAGGUACCAAAAUAGCAAAAACUGUGAACAAUGAGGAGGAUAGUAAUUCUACAUCGAGUUCUCAGGGGCAAUAUGUCUUUCAAGUGAUUAAAAAAUAUAAGCACCUUGUACAUCUGGAAUGGCUGAAAAAUGGAGAGUUAAUUGCAGUAGAAGUGAACCCUAUCUCGUUCACUGAGAAAUUGCCACCAGCAUUGAAACAAAAGUCUUUCGCUUCUUCAUGAAUCUUUAAUUAUCUGUAAAUAUUAUUUUUAAAUCAUCCUAAGGAAAUGAACUUUUGUCCUGUAAUCCUGAAUUCCCCGGGUAGUGCUGGUGGCUCUAUUGUGAAACGAGGAGAAAUAUACAGUUUUCCCAGUAAUUCCAAGUUGCAGUCAGUCGAAGAUGAUCGCCAGCCAAUAAUAGCAGAACUCGUUUUUGGAAUGUCGGAUGAGGAUAUCAGAGUAAUCAUCCUCUUAUUAUCUAAAUUUUCAAAUAAAUUUUUGUCUUUAGAGGGGAGCUUGAAGUUUUUACAUUUUUCCGAAAAUAUCUGAAACAGCAAAUGAAGUGUAAAAAUUGAAUUAUCGCACGGGAAUUUGAUAUUGUAGAGUGAGCAGUCCUAUUGCAGAACUCCCCCCCCCCUCGCGCAAUUAACAGAACAGUACGGUAGUGCAAUGUUGAAAAGUAUUCCGUAAUAGCGCUUUCAGACACAAUUUUAAUUUCAUGAUACAGGUGAAAAAAAGGCAAUUUUUGGCAGUCUUCGCGCGCAAAGAACAGUUUUUUUCUCACAAUCACCAUAAAAUAUCAUACGAUACAUAUGAUACAUCUGUAAGCGUUGAUUUUGACGAUCUUCUAAUUUUUCCUGGGAACGGCGUAAAGUGUCAAGAUCUGAUCUUUUUAGGAAAUGUGUGUGUAUCUGUAAUUAGUAACUAUGGUCAUGACGAUGAUUCUAAGAUUCAACACAUGCAAGGAAUACGUUACCACUUAAGAGUUCAAUGAUUGGGCUGCUCACCCUAUUUAGAUUAUGAUAUUGUUACUUUUUGGAAGUUUUCGUUUGCGAGAUGACCGAAUCGUUCGUUCCAUUCUUUCUCAGCCUUUUUUUCAAGACAUGAAAGUUCAUUUCUGCAAGUAAAAAUUCAACAAUAAAACUGGAAAUUAGAUAAUUCUAAUAAAUUUUAAUGAAUAAUAAUAGAAAUAAA